UGCAGUGAUACAGGAAGUCGUUGUAUAAAAAGACCGACUUUUACCAUGUUUUACUUAUCCAGAUGGACGACAAAGGCGGGUUUUGUUUGUAAUGCUGCUAAAUGAAAUUUAGAUUGCGGUCGAUGCAGAAAUGAGACGCCACCUGCUUCGUAUACCUUCAAAACAUUACUUUGGCCGAUGACGGUCACGUGGUUGUUUACAACUCCAAACCCUAAUCCUCUGCGUGCUUCUGCACCGUACCCCGUCGUUGUAGUUACGUCUGUUACACAGUAUAGUAGGCAGUUCGUCAUAUUUGGACUGCUCGUUUCUAAUCUGUUAAUUUCUUUUCGAGAAGUGUUUUCGGCUUUGCAAUAUGAGCUGCCCCAAAGUAGCAAUGGUGACGGGCGCCAACAAGGGCAUCGGCCUGGCUAUCGUAAGGGCUCUCUGUCGCCAGUUUGCAGGGCACGUAUAUCUAACUGCCCGAGAUGAAGGCCGUGGCAUGGCCGCGGUGCAGACUCUGCAGAAUGAGGGACUCGAUCCCCAUUUCCACCAGCUGGAUAUCACCGACCUGAGCAGCAUCAGGAGAAUCCGCGACUUUAUGCGAGACAAGUACGGCGGCGUCGAUGUGCUUGUCAACAACGCGGCGAUAGCCUUCAAAGUGGCAGACACAACACCAUUUGGAAAUCAAGCAGAAGAAACACUGAGAACAAACUUCUUUGCAACAAGGGACAUAUGCAGAGAGCUUCUGCCUAUAAUUAAACCUUCAGGAAGAGUCGUGAAUAUUGCAAGCAUUGCUGGCUCAAUGGCCCUGAGGCAGUGCAGUCAAUCUUUAAAAGAGAAGUUUCGAAGUGAAGAUAUCACUGAGGAAGAACUGGUGGAAUUAAUGGAAAAUUUUGUUGAAGAUGCCAAGAAAGGAGUGCACACUCAAAAAGGCUGGCCAAACUGGGCAUAUGGUGUCUCUAAAAUUGGUGUGAUAGUUUUGUCUAGGAUACAGGCUAAAGAACUGAGCCACAAAAGAGGACAAAGCAAAAUUCUUCUCAAUUCUUGUUGUCCAGGCUGGGUAAAAACAGACAUGGCUGGUCCUCAUGCAACCAAGACCCCAGAUGAGGGAGCUAUCACCCCUGUCUAUUUGGCAUUGUUAUCUGAGGAGGACAUUGAGCCCCAUGGGCAAUUUGUCUGUGAGAAGAAAACCCAGAGUUGGUAAAAUAUGAAAAAAGAGAAAAAAUGGGUUUUCUUUUGCACUGCAAACUUAUUUUGUAUGAAAAUCUUUAAUAUUUGGAAUUUAUUGAGAAUUGUGAAUUUAAUGAGUGAGUUCUGUAGACUAUCUACUCAGUGUUUUGCAUUCUGUUUAAAAAAUGGAAAGCCUUUUCUGCCAUUUACUUAAAAAGUUCAAAUAAAUUGAAUCAGAUUUUCUUUAGAAUGCAUGUAAUAUUUUAUGAAGUGUAUAAUGACAAACAAUAUGGGUUUACUUAUUGCCUUUUCUCCAUGAGACCUGAAAUUGUUAUUCUCUCCUUAUUCAAAUUCAAAGUUGAUUAGAAAGUACAAUUCAAAAAUAAACAAGAAAUGAUUUAAAAAAA